CCUAUCUUUACUUGCAUUAUUUUUCCUAGAUGUCAUGUCAUUGAUAUACAAUGUUCACAUGCACUCUCUGUUGCAUUGUGUAAUUGAUCUGGCUUACACUCUCCACCUAUUAUCAAACUCUCCUUGUACAUAUUUGUUCCCUUAGGCCAACAUCCACAUGCUCUCCGGUAAUUAGAUUCGCUACAUUAAUUCAUGCACAAGAGUUUGGUCUACUUUUUUGGAGUCACCAUUAGAACAUAUGAGUUGUACCAACAUUAUAGACAUUAAAGGAGUUGCUUUCAACUGUUCUCAUCCGCUGUUAUUCUCUUAUCAUGAUAUCAACAUGUUAUUAGCUUUGUUUUAAGGACCCGAUCACAUGGAGGGGCUACAGCUCGACUUGACUUCUUCCUACCUAGGCUUUGACUAUUGCAGGCCCUGCUAUAUUUAGUUAGUCAACCCAAAUUGACCAACCAGAAGCAGUGUUUCGUGAUCAGAAACCAUUUAUUAAUGUUGAUACUCUUCCAUCAAGGAAGUAUUAUGCGCAUUAAAAGCUUUGAGUAAAAGUAACAAUACUUGAUAUCAAAUUGAUAUAAUAGACAUUGGCUAGCUACCUUGCUUAUAAGUGGGGGGCUGAAUACUUCUUGUUCUAACUCAGGAGCAACAAGAGUAGCUGAUGGGGAGAUCCGGUCUGGGAAGGGCGUUCCGCUGUUUUUCUCUCGCAAUCUCAACAAACUCCUGCAUUUGCAUGAACACUUGCGACGAAGAUGAUGAGCCUGAGAGGAGGGCUUUAAUCGAGAGCCAGGUGCUGAAGAUUAAGGAUGCUUUUGAUGGUGCCAAGACACUGGCUUUCCAUUUGGAACCCAAGACAGUGGUGCUGAGGGUCUCCAUGCACUGCAAUGGCUGUGCAAGAAAAGUUCAGAAGCACAUCUCAAAGAUGGAAGGAGUGUCCUCAUACGAAGUGGACUUGGGCAGCAAGAAGGUGGUGGUGGUUGGCGACAUCACUCCAUUCGAAGUCUUGGAGAGCGUAUCGAAAGUCAAGUUUGCAGAGCUGUGGUUGACUCCUCAGCCAUCCUGAGCUGUGGAGAUCUGUGGACAGAGACGUCCAAAUCUAGGAGUGCGUUCAGUGCGUGCGUCUCCGUGUAUAAUUAUUGCCUGUUCACUUCAUUCUGAGUUUGUGUCUGUAUCAUAUAUAGCCAUUGGAGAUGGAGAUGAAGCAUUUCGGGAUCUGUGUUCUGAUCCUUUCUCUCA